GCACAACGAUGGUACGAAUGCUCUCACCUGGAGCCUAAAAAAGGCUGAUUUGUGAAGUUUUUUCUCAUUGCUGGUGAAUUCUUUCAUUUUUCUCCCUGAUUUCCAUGUCCAUUUAAUCCCAAAUUGGCUUCCUCAUCAAGCCACACAAACGGCAAUAUUGCAGUUCAGUAUUAAAAAUGAGAAAGUUCGCGUGAUUAAGCGACAUGUGAAUUUUGCAGAAAAAUAUUUAAAAAUAAAAAAGUCUCUUUAAGGGCUUUCAAAUCAAAAGAAGGACAUCCCGACGUAGGAUUUGAAAGACUCCACUGUGGUGGGAAAAAUGUUUCUUUUGUGAUUAAUCUGCGGAGAUCCUUCGAAAUUAAAAGGAUUUUGUGAUAAAGAAAAAAAUUCUCUUCAGAAUUCUCCCAAGAAUUUGGGACUCGACGGUUAGUGAAACUUUCAAAUCGAGAGGACUCCCAACGUAAAGAUGGACUGGGGUUGGUCAUAUGACGGCGUCAAUGCGUCCGUGCCGCGAAAUUGUGGCCCCGAAUGUGCGGCAUUCCUCUCAACACGCCGCCAAUGGUGCGAAAGCAUUCUCGUAACCAGCCUGAGUCUUUGGACCCUCCGCUGGGGUAUUUUACACAUCAAGCAAAUCCCAAAGCCCAUCCAGAAGACACAAGACACCGCCCCGUGGCUCAAGCAAUUGCUCCUUGUUAGCAUGACGCUGACUUUUGGGCUGGAAUUGGGAUUUAAAUUUGCCUCGAGGACCGUCAUUUAUGUCCUCAAUCCAUGCCAUAUCACAACGAUUAUUCAGAUCUACUUGCUGGCUGCUAAACCGAGCAAUUUUGUAACAAUAAUGUUCCGCAUUCAAAUGAACUACCUAAAUGGACCAAUGUUGGCCUUCCUCUUCCCUGAAACGGAUUCAAGGCAGGUGACAAUGGAGGUCACCGUCUACUGGAUCCAACAUGGUCUAAUGUUCAUUAUUCCUGUGUACCUGUUACGCUUAGGAGGUGCUUAUACGAUGGAACCACUAACUGACAUCAGUUGGAAUGUGAUAAGUUACUCUAUUUGCUUAAUAUAUCACUUUGUGAUCCUCGAAUUGUUUGCCGUUCCAACGCAGGUGAAUUUGAAUCAUAUGCUGUGCCCAGCUCUUUUGGAUCCUUUCACAGGACCUAGCUAUCGCCUGUGGGCGGUCCUACAUCAAGCCAUUCUGUGUCCACUCCUUGGCAAAAUCUACUAUUGCCUCUUUGCACCAACGCCACCACUUUCAAUUCAACCAAUUAUCGAUACGGCAACAAUGUACUGUGAUAAAGCCAUUCCUGGCAAGGACAUUGAGCCUACGCAGAAUGGUCCUAACACAAUUGUAGCGCCGAAGGAGGGCGCUGCCGCUGGGAAAGGCGCGAAAAGUGAAUAGUUAGUGUUUAAUUAUUCAUUUUUUUGUAGACACACGGCAGUGUUCUCGUUCCCAUUUUGGCGUGGAUUUCAUUUUAUUUUUUCUUAUCACAACUCAUUAUUGUAUUGUAAAUCCACCCACACAGCGUGCUGAACAUUCCCCCUCCACGUACUCUCUGCACGUGGAUGGAGAAAAUUUAAUCUAUUAUUAAUAUUUAAUCACUAAAAAUGAAACAUUUUGUGAGUAAGAAAAUAAGUCUUUACGAAGUAUGACAAUAUAUUUAUCAGAAAAAAGUGGAGUUUAGUUAAAAAGAAAAUGAUGUAGAUAACAGAAUUUAAAAAAAAAGGAAUAUCAGUUAGCAAAAUUCAAAAACUUAGAAUGAAAAGAAAGGAUAGGAAACCUUAAAAAAAAACAUUUAAAAAAAUCUUUAGCGUAGUAAUUUAAAAUAAUUUUGAGGAGGUAGCCUUAAAGUCAGUAUUUCAUAUUUUAUACCUCAAUUGAGAUGAGAAAAAAACAUUUUAUAAAACAGGAAAAAAUGAGUAUAACAUCAAGUUUUAAUGCCUUAAUCAAUUAUGCGAACAUUUAGCAAUAUUAGAAGGAUUAGAAGUUAUGGAAGAAUUUUUUUUUGAAAAAGAAUCUAUUUCCUUUUUUUCUUUCAAUUUUGCAUUUGAGUUUUUGUUGUGUGUUUUAGUAAUUAAGCGUAGAUAUAUUAAAGUGUAAUUAACUAAUUAAAGUGCAGAGAGAAGCUUUAGCUGAUUCAAUUUAAAAGAAAAAUAAAAAUAGAAUGAUAAAAUAAAUGUAUAAUAAAAUGGAUAAAAUGCAACAAAUGGGGAGAUUAAUGAGCGUUAACCGCGUUAACAUAUUGGCACCCACUUGACGUUGCAAACGGUGCUAACUGAUUACUUUGACAAUUUAUUACACUGUAAUAAAUUACCUUUUGUUAUUUUUGACAUUAAACCCGGCUGACAAGUCUAUUGCUAAAUUUAUUAUUUUUUCGAAUGAUUUUCAGUUAGUUUUUUCAGGGAUUUAAGCCGAAAAAUUAAAUAUAGACGCAAUUCAAAUUAACCCUUUCACCCUCUUUGGGUCUUACCUUGACGCAAAUGUGAAACAUUUUAUAUUUUUCGCAUUAAAAUUAAUAAAAUUGUUUUUUCAAGUCAAAAAUACAUUGAAUGUGGCCAAAGAAGAUUUCAUUACAGAGAAAUAUCCUCUGAAAGCAUCUAUAGAAUAAAUAUCGUGAUAAAAAGAACGCAUGUUUCAAUGUUUCUGCCUUUUACGUGAGCAUUGAAGAGUUAACAUUAUUCCUUUGACGUCCACGUAAAACAUUGAAUCAUUGAAACAUGCUCCUGAUGCUUUUAGUGGGCAUUUUUCAGUCAAAACGUUUUCUUUGACCUAUUCUACGUAAACUUACAUAUUUCCAAUUAAAAAAAAAACUUAAAGAGUAAUUAAAAUGUUUCACGGGUAAGCCUAAGACUAAAUAUUCCUAUAAGUGUUAUAUUGAGCUUUCAUCUUUACGAAAAAAGCGAUAUCCAAUGAAAACGCCGCUUUCCUUGAACUAUCAACCAAUCACAGCUGUUCUUUGAGCAAUAUGUUUUUCUUUUUAUUUAUUUACUUUUCAUUUUAACUUUAAUUGUUUUUAUUUGAAUUUACGUCCUUCUUCAGUUCAAAGCGUAGAAGAAUAAAAGUACAUUGUUGGGUCAGACGGGCUUAAUUUUAAAAGAGGGUGUAAUUAAUUGGUUACACAUGGCGUAAAAAAUACAUUUUGUACGUUAAGUUUUAAGUUAAAACAUUCCGUCUAUUUAAAAUCAAAUUCCGAAUAUUUACGUAAAGGAAUUAUAAAGUUUUCUAAUAAAUUCAUAAAAUUCUUGAGAUCCUUCAAAAGGAGUCCAUGCAUUUUUGUUAAUGUGUCAUUCGAUGAUUUUGAUGAUAGAAUUCUCUGCCUAAAGAAAAUUCCUAUAAACCUAUAUCAGGGUGCUAUGACAUACGUAUUGUUGAUAAAACUUUAAUAUUAUAUUUUAAUUAAACUUUACACAGAAAAGCCCCUCCCGAAAGGUUGAUAAGUAAUCAACCAAUCAGAGAAUUUUUUAUUCUUCUUCUUAAUCAUUUAACUUUCAAAAUUAAAUUUUAAAUGCAAUUUUAUUGGUUAACAAAACUCUCGUCAAAUUCCUUUCAAAAUGUUGGAGCCUUUGUGCAAAGUUGUUUCAAACAACAAGUACUUUCCCUCCCCAUUUGUUUGCAAUAAAUUCAGCCGAAGAAGAACUUCUUUGGAUAACUUUUCAACAUUCUUAACACAUCAUCUCUUAACAUGCCAACGAAAUGCUGCAAUUAAUCAAAUGACAAUUUCUUAUUCUGAAUAAAGAAUUGUAUGUAUAAUAUUUAUUAAAUUACUAAAAUAUAAAUAAACAAGAAAAAAAUAUAUUUUAUGAUGCUAAAACCCUCUCAUGCAUUUCCUGUGGUGGCUAAAAGACAUUGCGAGGGUGGUUGUGAUAGGCAAAAACCCUCUUUGUGGAGAGAAAAAUGAGCAAUUUGUAGGUAAAAAUAAAAUUAAAAAAUAAUUAAUAAAUAUUUAAUCUUCACGCGAUAAGAGUUAUAAAAAAAAGAACCUGGAUUGUUAAUAAAUUAUAUUUAAUUCCUCCCCACCCCCUUCCCUCAUUCCCCCUAAACUAUGAAAUAUAUACAUGUAAAUAAAGACGUAUUGAAUUAUUUA